AUGAAGAUCCUGAAAAAGAAGAAAAAGGGGGAGACACAAAUAGUCCCCGAUGAACGCUACAGAGAGUUAGAUAGCCACGUACAAAAUGAAGACGAAAUACCAGGGGAUGCCCCCAUCGGAAGAAAAAUCCUCUAUAUUUUAAAACUGAUUUACAAUGAAAUUCGAGAAAACAUUUCCAUUUACCUCCUGAUCAUCCUUUACCUAUGUGUAUGCGUUAUGAAUAAAAUUAUGGCCAAAAGAACCCUCAAGAAAAUAGGAAACUAUAGCUUUGUAACUUCAGAGACUCACAAUACGAUAUGCAUGGUCGUUUUCUUUACCUUGUAUUUUAUAUUUGGUCGCCGCGUCACAUCUGCCAAGGACAAACACCGAAAUUUUGGACUUCAGUUUUUGCUCAUCUCGCUGCUGGACGCCUGCUCAGUUAUCAUUGCGUUCAUAGGCCUCACAAGAACCACCGGAAAUAUUCAGUCCUUUGUCAUGCAGCUCAGCAUUCCAAUAAAUAUGUUUUUCUGCUUUUUGAUUUUGCGAUACAGAUACCACCUAUUCAAUUACAUUGGUGCAUCUAUCAUCGUCGUGACCAUCGCAAUUGUGGAGUAUAUUUUGUCGUUCGAAACACAGGAAGAGAAUUCAAUUGUCUUUAACUUGGUGUUGAUUGCCUCGUUGAUUCCUGUAAGCUUUUCCAACAUGACCAGAGAAGUUGUCUUCAAGAAGUACAAAAUAAACAUCCUGCGCUUGAAUGCCGUAGUUUCCUUCUUCCAAAUAUUCACCUCCUGCCUGAUGCUUCCGAUGUACACCCUCCCAUUUUUGAAGCAAAUCAAUUUGCCCUUCUCGGAAAUCGGAACGAAUAUAAAAAAUGGAUUCAGAUGUUUGUUCCUUGGACAAAACACCAUCGUGGAGAACUGUGGAUUGGGAAUGGCCAAGAUGUGCGAUGAUUGUGAAGGAGCAUGGAAAACAUUCAUAGCAUAUUCCUUUUUCAACAUUUGCGACAAUUUAAUCACCAGCUUUAUAAUUGAUAAAUUUUCAACCAUGACCUACACCAUCGUCAGUUGCAUACAAGGACCAGCAAUAGCCAUUGCUUACUACUUUAAAUUCCUUGCGGGAGACGCCGUCAUGAAACCCCGCAUGUUAGACUUUGUCACUUUGUUUGGCUACCUCUUCGGAUCAAUCAUUUACCGUGUUGGAAACAUAAUUCUUGAAAAAAAAAAAAUGAUGGAAGAAGAUGACAAUGACGACGAUUCCGAGGGAGAGCUCACCAAUGCCGAAUCGAUUAUAACAAAAUGA